UCUUUCUACCUAAACUGACGUGUAUUAUGUACGUAACUUGUAAAGUGCCUAACAUUUCAUCCAACGCUUGCAGGUUGACCAGCUACCGGAGGAGGCCGACGAGUACUCCUUCAGCCGUUGUUUGGAGGCGUACUUGUUGUGGCUUUUUGGGUGGGUGAUGUUCUGUGGUAGUCACGGACACUCGGUCGACCGGGGUCUCGUGCACUACGCCAGGAGCAUCGCCGACGCCGCGGUCGGUGAGGUGCCUCAGUGGAGUUGGGGCUCCGCGUUGCUGGCGGCUCAGUACCGUGGCCUCUGCGAGGCUUGUACCAGGACGGACCCUGGCGCGAUCUUCGGUGGGUGCCCUCUCUUCAUUUCUCUUUGGGCGGCUGAGAGGAUUGCGAUCGGCCGCCCCCUUGUGGAGCACCACCCUUACGACGCGUCGCUGUACGAGAACAGACCGGCGGUCGACUACCCAACGAUGGGUACUCUGUGGUGCCGGCGUCAGGUACGUCGCUAGUAUUUGGUAAUGUUGUCCUACUAUUGUUAACUUCAUCCUACGUCACACUGACCUUAUUGUAUUGCAGCGCCGAUGGGCUCACGUGCAGGUUAGGCGGUCGUACGCGGAGUUUGUGAUGGAGUUCGACCGCCUUCUGCCGACGGACGUAGUGUGGGAGCCCUACAGUGCCUUGCUUACCCACAGUCGGGCGCCGCUAGGCCUGUCCACACUCUGCACGAGGGACCAGGCGUACUGGAUGACUACGGUUCCGAUGGUGUUCGACAUCUGUGUCGAGCCGCACGCACCUUACCGCGUGAUGCGGCAGUUCGGCUUCCGUCAGUCCUUUCCAGUCCCGUUUCCGGCGGGCGUCACGGCUGCCGUUCACCGGUACUCGCGCAAGGGUCAGCACUCAGCUGGUCACUGGCCUGCCAAGUUGGGGCCUUUUCUCGACGACUGGUUGCUUGCUACCGAGGAGGUCGUGGACCACGCGGGAGAGCCACACACGGAGGAGGGGUAUGAGGCGUACCUACGUUGGUAUCAGCCACGCACCCGUACUAGAGUCACCUACGCUCCGACGGAGCAACAGGCCCACGCCGCGAGCGCCAGAGACCUCUACGCCAGGCACCGCGACCAGGACUUCGCUCGUGCGGUGAGUACCUUGCAUCGCACCAUCGUCUCAUCAUCCUUUCUGUUGGACAAAGGCUACGAAUAUUUACGUUGUAAUUAACCGUGCAGGCCGUUGAGUGCAACAGGGUCGUCGUUGAUGCUACAACGGCGAUCCAACGGUUAGGCGCGGGGAUUGAGGUGGGGGCAGACGAGCACCUGUCGACGUACACGCGGAUACGGGACUCGAUGCGCUCGGUUCUCCGUGCGCUGACCUGUCGUGCUGCCGACGUUGCUCAGGCAGACGCAGCACCACAGGUGCGUCCCCGACCGACUGCUCCUCGUCCAGCUGCGCACGUUCCUACGCCGACACCCCCUCCCUUCGGAGGUACGUAUAUUCAAGGUCUAUUUGUACAUCAUCAAUCAAUUGAUACUCAAUUUAUGUGUAAGCUUACAAGUGUCGCGUCGUCGAUGUGUAGGCUUCGCUCAGCCUGGGACGACGCCGGGCGCCCACUCCUGGCAGGCUGCGGGGUCAUCGUCACAGGCAGGUGUGUCGGCCUCGCUGUCUGCGCAGUUCUGGCAGGACGCCGGGACUUCGUCACAGCCGCCCGGCACGUCUUGGCAGGGUCCUACCGGGACUUCGUCCGAGCACGGGUGGGCUUCCGCCACGCACUUCGACAUUAGUGACUUCGACUUCCCGGACAUUAUCGGUCCCUCACAGCUUGGAGGCGCACCGCCGGUGCACACGCAGGAGCAGUCGCCCUCCACCCCACUCCCAGACCCUCGCGCUACCCGUGCUGUCCCACCGGAUCGCUUCACGUACUCCCAGGACCACGUGCGAGCACAGGCCCGGAGGACCAAGCGGGGUCGCGGCGCGAGUCACGGCCAGUAGAGCAGACAUCUCUUUAUUUUUCUUUACAUUCUUGUACUAUAUGGUUGUAAACUGAAUAUGUUGUUGUUUAUAUUCGGGACUCGCAUUCC